AUGGCUUCUGCUUCCCAUUUGGAAGAAAUCGCCAAUCUUAGGGAAUCUGAUUUAGACGAAGUAAGUGGCGCGCGGUUUGGUGAUGAAAGGGAAGAAGAGUCCGGACAACAUCUGUUGGUUAAUAAGUGCGUUACCGCGACCGGGGAAAUUGAUGAGCGAAGUGCUUCAAGUCGGCCCGCUCCUUUGAAAGUGGUUCGUCUUCCGAGGAGGACUUAUCACGAGUCAGGGGUGCGUUUUGCGGAGCCUGUCGAGGAGGCUGGUACAAGUGAUCAUCAGUCUCUUCCACCCAUCGGUAUUGAAACGAUCGAAGCGGACGGCCGGCCCUUGAACUUUCUGACGAAGACGGAUGCUUCGGCUCUGAAAGGGAAUGAACUUCUGAGGUUGAAGUAUUGUUAUAAAUUUCCGUCCGGAGUGGAAGUGAAAGCUGCGACUUUUUAUCAGAGAGUUGAUUGGGAUGUUCCGGGAUGGGUGGCAAUGUAUGAAGCUCCGUUCAAACUGGGUCUACGUUUUCCGAUGCCUACGUUAGUACGGGACGUUUUGCGUUACUUCCGCAUUGCCCCAACGCAGCUCAUGCCGAACGGUUGGAGGCUUCUCUUAGCAGUUGAAUGUUUGAGUGAGAGGCUGGGACGUCCGUUCGGGUAUCGGGAGCUGUUAAACUGCUAUUAUUUGAAGGAACAUCCAGGAGACCCUGGCCGAUAUACUUUCAAUUUGUUUAGAAAGAAACAGGGCCAUCCGGUAUUAAACUUGACAACAGCUGACCGAGGGUGGAAACCCUAUUUCUUCUGGGUUCGAGGGGAGAUGGUAUUCGGUCCCGGCGGAUCGGACGGAGUUCCUCUUUCUUGGAAGAAAGCUAGAAAUUUGAGCAUGAAGCCUGCUUGUGAUAACUACGAGCGAGCUUUUAACAAUUUCGUUGGGGACCUUACUGCCAAGGAGAGAGAUUGGAAGGACAUUUUGAAAGAAGCAAACCUCCGUAGGAGCUCUUUGUGGUCGCACGUACAAGACUUGCAAGAAGAAGAAAGAGGGUUAUCGGACGAUACAAUGGCUGGCCCGGUUGAUGUUAAAAGUGCUGGUGAAGCCUUUGAGCGAAGGAAGAAAGCUGCUCAGGAAGCCAAAAAGAAGUCGUCCAGAGGAAAGUCUGGAAAGAAAGCAACAGAUAAAACGAAAGACACUGUGGAACCGACCGAUGGUGGCGUCGCAGAAGUCGAGCUUCCUCCUUCUCCCAGAGAGGCUAGACCAAAAAGGAGAGGAAAAGAUUUGGAGGAUUCGUCGGGUGCAGUCGUCUUUACCUUUCCCGAGGGGACGUCUGCUUUUGGCGACCCGGCCGCAUUUAUGAGUGCUGCGAGCGGUCUCGUAUUCCCGGCUGACGUUGAAGAGUUUACAGAUUUUACUACUGAGAGCAUCGCGGACUUUAGUGCCACCCGUGCCUUUCAGGUUUUCGAGGGUUGUCUCUAUAUGCGUGAGCAGUACGGCGUGAUGAAGCAAAAAUAUGUUAGCGCUUCGCUCAAACAGCGGGAACUCUCGGCCGAAAUUUCAUUAAGAAAGAAGAGAGAGUCCCUCGCGGUAGCCAAUGCCAAGGCUUUGGAAGAGAAGAUUGCGUCGUUCGAGAAGGAAAUUGAGGAUCUUAAAGCCCAGGUUCAGUCCUUGAACGUUAGUCACAAGUCUUCAGAGGAUGAAAUUGCGGAUUUGAAGAAGCAACUGGAGUCCGCUGUUGACGACGCCGUUAUUUGUACGACUGGGAAUCUAAUGAGGGAAUUCAAGGAGGGGAAGUCCUCCGAGUGGGAUGUUGACCUACAUAUCCGCAACCACGAGGAGUACCUCAAAAUGUUUACUGAAGACGAAGAAGAAGCUGAUGGUGAUGAGAUUGAUGAUGUGAAUGAUGGGAAUUGCGAUGCUCCCCCUUCGGCCUGA